CCUGUGAUGGCAGCAGGGUUGUAUCUACUGUAAACAAUCGAUGAGGAAGAUCAGCUUUCUGUAUUAAGUUGAUGGUUGUGGCAGAAAUGUGAUUAAACGCUAAACGCUGAAGUUGAAAAGUUUAGCAGGCAUAAUGUUGACUUUAUGAAUCAACCACACUAACGUAUUCAGCCUACCAUGAGUACAGUGGGAGAAAAUCAGCUGCAGAGAAUCAUCAGAGAUCUGCAUGAUGCUGUUUCUGAGUUGAGCCAAGAACAUUGUGAUACUGGCGAACCCAUCACAGAUGACAGCUCCAGCCUUCACAAGUUCUGCUAUAAGCUGGAGUACCUUCUGCAGUUUGACCAGAAAGAGAGGACAACAUUUCUGGGCAGCAGGAAAGACUACUGGGACUACUUCUGUGACUGCUUGGCCAAGAUUAAAGGGGCUAAUGACGGCAUUCGCUUUGUCAAAUCAAUCCCCGAGCUGAAAACAUCAUUAGGAAAAGGACGGGCUUUCAUUCGCUACUGUCUGGUGCACCAAAGGCUGGCAGACACGCUUCAGCAAUGUCUUAUGAACUACAAAACCACAUGUGAGUGGUAUUAUGAACGCAGUCCCUUCUUAAAGUCCCAUCUGAACACUGAUAUCAUCAACCAUCUGUAUGAACUCAAUGAGGUCCAGUUUGAUGUAGCAUCCCGAGGUCACGACCUUGACUCUGACUGGCCCACUUUUGCAAGAAAGACUCUGGGAUCAGCUGUCUCACCCGCCCAUGCGUGGAAACCACCCAGUCGCUCCUCUAGUGUCAACAGUCUGGUUAGCACUUACUCACAGCAAGCUCAAGAGUUUCUUCCAGGCCAAGAUUUUGGCUCUAGUCUUCUGGGUGAUCUCGGGGAAUUAGGUGAGUUGUCCUGUAGUGCUUCUGAGGACCUGCGCACUGAGCUCGACCAAUCAGAGUUGAAGCAACGGGAGCUCCAAGAGAAGAUCAGGCAACUCACCAGUGAAGCAGCUGAUCUGAAGGCCGUGGUCCAAGACCUGCAGGAGCAACUCUUGGCUCAAGGUCCUAACCAAAAGAAAAAAGAAGAUCAGGAGGUGGUGAAAACUGUUAAAGAGUGUGCAGAUCGUCUCCAUACCACCACACAGGGACUGGAGGCUCUACGGACAACAACAGAACGCAACCUAGAAGCCAAACUGAGCAUUGCAGAGAACAGAAACAUGGAGUUGUUAGCAAAACUUGACGGAGCUCUGAGCGAAAAAGGACAGCAGGCAGCCAACUACUGUGACUCGGCUUGGAAAAUCCAAGAGCUCCUCACCAAGCUAAAGGAGGCAGAGGAAGAGAGGAUUGAGUUUAAACGAGAAAUCGAAGAUCGGGCGAGACUAGCUGAGCAACUUGCUCAGGAGCUGAAGCUUCAGGAAGCGAAACUAAAGGAGAUGGAAGACAAACUGAACACUUGUAGAGUGUCUGCCGACAAAGAACGAACUACCGCAAUGCAGGCUGAUGAGUUGCAGAUGACCAUCAACCGCCUUCAAGGAGCUCUUUCUCUGAACGAGCGGGAAACAGGGAACCUACGGACUCAGCUGCAGGACAUGCAGAAAGCACUGGAUACCAAGGAAGGUCAACUAAAGGAGCACCAGAAAAGGAUAGAAGAGGAGUUACAACAUAAAAGUGUGCUUGAAGAACAACUAAAUGCAAAGGUGACUGAGUUGUCCACCACUGCCCAAAAGAUCCAGCAACUAGAGAAUGUCAACCAGCAGUUGACUUCAGAAAGUCAGAGCUUCCAAAUGCAAGCCAAGAAACUGGAAGAGUACAAGAACCAAUGCACAAGUUUAAUGGAGAUCAAUGCCAAGCUGAUCCAAACGGUGAAGAGAAAUGAAGAGAGCAGCAAGGAGCUGGCGCAAGCCAAGAACUCUCUUGAGAGAGAACUGGUUACCAUACAAGCCUCUAAGAAGCAACUGAGAACCAAAUUAGAGUCAGCUGGAUUGAAAGUGGAGAACCAAAAUCUUGAGGAGUGCAUACAGAACGGCCAGAUGAACAGCGAGGAAACCAAAACCAAACAACUUGGAGAGAAUAGUAUAUUAAGCCUGGAAGAACUAAAUGAGAGAGCUACAGUCCCCCAGGAGAACAAAAUUGCUACUUCUAAUCUCCUUCGGGAGGCUAAUGAAUCCUCAAGGACUGAUCAUGGAGAAUCCUCUUCUAGGUUGGCUUUGGCUGAGGCCCAACUUGAGCUCAACAUGAAGGAGGUUUCCAGACUCCAGGAAGAGGUCAUGGAGCUCCGGGCACAGCUAUUGUUGAGCUCAGAGGAGAAAAUAAAGAUCCAGGCUCUGCAGGAAGUGACGGAAGCCUCCAGAGAAGAUCUCCGGGCUCAGGCGGAGCAACUAAAGUCCCAGGUGGAAGAGCUAAACCGUAGGCAUGUGGAGGAAAUGCUGCACUGCAGAGAAAGAGAGGACACUCUGGUAAAGGAAAGGGAUAUGGAGGCCCAUUUGCGGGAGGAAAUCCAAACAAACCUGACUGCCGUGAGAGAAGAGCUUCACAUGUUGAAGACGCAGAACAGCACGCUUGCGCUUGAGAAUGGAGAGGCUCGCGAUGCAUUACACAGGGCCAACACUGAGACAGCAGAGCUUGGGGUUCAUGUUUGCAUGCUGAAGGGACAGAAUGAGGAGUCUCAGUUGCGAUGGGAAGAGCUUUCUACCAAACUUCAAGAGCUACAGAUGGAGGCGCAGGAAGAGGUGGAAAAUCUAAGUGAUUCAAUGGAGGCCUUGAGAAAAGAUAAUGCAAGUCUCCAAGAGCAGCUAAAACAAACUGAAGGACUCCCGGAAGCCAUGCAGAAGUUGCAGGAGAGACUUGAACAGAUGGAAGAAGAAGCCAAAAGCAUCCAAGAGAUACGACAAAGGGAAGUGGACACACUGAGGUCCCAGUUGAACGAUGAAGCUGUGGACCAUCAAAAUCAAGUGCAGGGUCUGAAUGAAGAACUAGACGUACUGAGGAAGAGGCUGGAGAAUGAAGUAGAGAAAGUCUCAAGUCUUGAGUCCAAAGUUUUGGAGCUUGAGUCUGCAAACAGUGAUUACAGUCAGAUGAUCGAAAAGAAAAAUGCCCUCUUCAGUGAUUCCGAAAAUAUAAUUAAUCAGAAAGAGGAACAGAUAAAAAGCCUCAGAGUGAACUUAACAAGAGCUGAGGAGGAACUGGCUCUUACUCAGCAGUCCUGUAAUGAACUAGGUGUUAACUUAAGCAGAAGUGCAAUGGAGAAGCAAGCCAUUGAACUGAAGAUGUCUGCUGAGAUAGAUGACCUUUAUCGUACCAAAAAGAAUCUUGAAGAGAGGCUCAUUCAGCUCAUAAGGGAUAAAGAUGCUUUAUGGCAGAAGUCUGAUGCACUGGAGUUUGAACAGAAACAGAGGGCUGAGGAACAGACAGACAGAGACGUCACAUACUGCCUGAGCUGCCGUAACCACUUCACCUGGAUGCUGCGCAAACAUAGCUGCAGGUUCUGUGGGCGCCCAUUCUGUUACUACUGCCUUGUUAAUGAUGCAGGCGUCCACCAGGGCGGCAGCAACAUGCGCUGUUGUAAGGACUGCUUUAAUCAGCGCGGCUCUGGACACAGGGACCUGGGCAGUCCUUUACGUUCAGCCCACAGCCCAAUAUCAAGCCCCACACGAACCAGCACACCAGGGUCAUUGAAAUCCCCUCGGCCUGAUGACACCGCUUAUGCCAUCAUCACAGAGGAGGAAGUAAACUGUGUCCAUGACAGUGAUUCUUUAUACUACACUGCUUUGCAGCCCUCGGAGACACAACAGCUAAGCAGAAGUGACAUCACCAGCACUGAAGAUUCAGACGAGCUGAUUGGCUCCGUUCAGGAUGCUGAGAUCUGUCUGUUAAAAUCUGGAGAGAUGACGCUGUCUGUGCCGUUCAGUGUGGAGGAUGUGGUUCAGUUUGGCGAUAAGUCCAGAGAACUCUUCGUCAAGUCCAGCUGUUACAGUGUGAUUCUCAUAACCGCUACACAUCCAGGCCUUACGAUCAGCUGGGUCUUCUCCUCUGAACCCAAGAGCAUCGCCUUCAGCGUGGUGUACAGAGAGAACCUAGACACACCUCCAGAACAGGCCAAGGUUCUGAUCCCUCUGACAAGAUGUAACUCUCAUAAAGAAACAAUUCAGGGUCAGCUGAAGGUCAGGAACCCUGGAGAAUACACCCUUAUCUUUGACAACUCCUUCUCAAGGUUCCUCUCAAAGAAAGUCCAGUACCAACUGAGUUUAGAGAAGCCAGAGGUCUGCAAUGGAAGUGAUUGUUCUUCAUAGGAAACAGAAUCACGCACACUUGUGUCUGUACCAGGUCACGGGACAGAUUUGUCCAGGAAUAUGGCUGUUUAUCAAGCCCAACUUGACUAAUGCUGCUUUCAAUGAUUUACAAGGUGAAUCUUACAAAACAUGUCUAAAUCUCACAGUCAAAUGAAAGAAAUGAGAAAUUGUAUUUAUGAUGAAAUAAAAUACAUUUGAAGACAUUAGUUUCUCCAUGAAUAAAAAAAAGGCAUUUUUGU